UAAACACUUCCUGGUUUCAUGUAACGAAUCGCAUAUUUAACAAAAUGCAUGGUGUCACUGGAGGACUGUUUUAUAGUGUUGGGGAAUUAUUUGUAACAGUAACAAUUAUUUUUGCUUAUGAAAAUAUUGCAUUAAACAAGCCUGCGUGGCAGCAGUAUCCGUAUACUAAUCCAGAUUGGGGAGCAGAUAAGGCUGUGGAUGGGAGGUUCACAGACCGGAGAGCUGUAGGAGGACAAUGUACGAUAUGUGCAGAUGGUUUUUACACUGCCACCUGGUGGGUGGAUCUAAGAAGAGUACUCAGCAUUCAUCAUAUCAAUAUCUUCUACAGGACGGACAAUGUAGUGUUUGGUAUUGUUUAAACAAGAGCAUAUGCAUGAAUUUAACAUAUAUAGUUUAUGUGUUUCAAAUGCUUACAUGUAUUUAGAUACAUUUGUACUGAAAGUUCAGUAUACGUAAAUUAGUAUUUAUUUUGGGUAAUAAAGUAUCAAUAAGCCAAGUCGGUAUUAUUACUGCCCUGACUUCAUGUAUUUUCUUUUUGCGUAAAACGCUAUAUAACAUGUAUAAUGAAAUGUUUCUAGCAAGCCAGUUUUCAUUCUGGCAUUUCCUACCAAAUUCUAUAUUAUUUCUAACAAGAAAUAAUUAAGUUAAGGUCAAGAUCUUGUAAAUAACUUGAGACUAUUUUUUUUAGUGCUAGACCCAUAAUGAUGUCAUAAUCAAUUUCAACUUUCUUUUUCCUGUACUUUACGGCUUUAGCAGAAUUAUGUAGAAAAUAGGGUAUUUUCAUCUCAUUCAAUUUGAAAUCAUAUGAAAAGUAAACCGGAUACCUAAUAUAUUAAAUUUGAUAUUGAUUUAAAGAAGAGGCCAUGAGCAUACUAUUUGCCGUUUUCUGAGAGACUGUAGGCAAUCUGGAUACAUUUCCUUUACCGAAUACGAAAAAAACUCCCAUAUUCAAGACUGGUUUUCUUAAUUUUUCAUUGAAAAUGACAGUUUAAAAUACAGUUUUUCAUCUUGUUUACCUUCAAAUUAAGCCCCGAAACACCUUAUUCGACCAAGCUAAAGUUGUAAAGCAUCAAUAAAGGAAUUUAUUUCUCAAGUUUGAUAAAUCUGUAGGCACCUUUCAUUUACUAGAUCUUGACCUUAAUUAUAAAUCAUAGUUAAUUAUAGUUAACAAUGAUUAAUAUCUAAUUAAAUUUUACUAUAGUGUCAAAGUUAUUACUAUAUUAAAUCAAAGUCGUAUAUUAAUUGAUAUAUCAAAUAAUUUCAGUACCUGGAUAU